GAAGAUACGUCAUCGACAAAACGUUUUGUACAGGCGCAAAGACGGCGCAACAAUAUGGCUCUGACACAUACGUGGGAAAAACAGCGGAGCAUUCAUUAUGAAGUGGAGCUUAAGGUUAUUCAUAUUUUAUACAUUCUGCGCGAUACCACAGCGAGAGUAUAAACAUGACUGAUUCGUUUACUACACCACCGUUUCGGCCCAUCGAUGACUUCUUGGGAGCCGGGGCACGAUUUCAGAUCCCAAAUGUACAAGAUCUAGACAAGUGGGCCAACAGAGUACUCAACAAUCUUAUUUACUAUCAGACCAACUAUUUUGCGGUAAUUGGAAUCGUUUUUCUCCUGGUUGGCUUCUUCUACCCUGGUCAGCUCCUCGUUGGUAUGAUCGCUACGCUGGCGACUUUGGCGUUACAGGACUAUUUAGACAGGCAUCAGGCAGCUUUUGCCAGACUGAAGCGCCAACGCCCGGGCAUUUGUCUUGUGAUAAUGCUCAGUGGUGGUUACAUGGUGGUCGCACUAGUGGGGUCCGUUCUAGUGUUUCUGUUCGGUAUUGCCUUGCCAGUUUUAAUCGUAUUCAUCCAUGCGUCUUUGCGACUACGCAGUCUCAAGUCUAAGGUCUUUAAUCAGGUGGAAAGACUAGGCGCAGUUCGGACUCCGAUGGGCUUUGUACUUGAGCUGCUGGGCGAGACGUUUGACCAUCUGGGCGUCGUUAACUAAAACGGCAGCAGAAUCGACAAGAGCAUUUUGCUUGAAUUUAUACAGCCCGCAGGACAUUUUUAGAGAUUUAUCUAUAUAUAUAUGGGUGCUGCUAACUUCACCAAUUUUUGGCGAGUUCCCGAGUGCAAUCAUCUGAUCUGUCCUGUUGCCUAUGUAUGUAAUGUUUAUCUGACAAUGAGGCCGCUUGUUGAACAUUAACAAUGUUAAUUUUUAGCAAAUUAUCUAUUACGAUAUGAGCGGAUGACUCAAAGCAGUCAUGUUGUUAUUGAUCAGAGAACUGACAAAUUUACGGCGUUAUGGAGCAACACUCUAAGAAAGUAUCUAGAGUAAAAUUUCUUAUAAAAAAGGUUUAAGAAAUAAUGUUUCGUGUAAGGCUAAAUUUUCAGUUCCUUAAUUUUUUAAGUUUAACAUACACGCUGAUAGUGGUAAUCUGCCGUUGAUAAAUUGUGUUUGUAUUUAGCUCUUGGGUUUAUUUAUCGUUUAAAAGUGAUGCAAACGCGCAGAUCCACUUAGUUAGAUAGGAUCCAUACUAUAUAAUGCACACUACCUAGUUACAACUGAAUACAAUUAUAUAUUUAGUACAAUAAUAAAUUCCUAGACGUGAUCUAGCAGUUGGAAAUCAACCAAUGCUUCGUGGGUUUUGCGCGCCACUCACUGCAUUCCAUAAAUAGUUUUUUUUGCUGGCCAAUCAUGAGCUCCUAAUAAUAGUUCUGACCCUACGAUGCAUGCAACGAAUAUUAUUAAAAAAAAAAA